AUGACAGGAUUUGGCUCUUCAUGCGGAGCAUGCAAAUUUCUGAGAAGAAGAUGCACAAAUGAUUGUAUCUUUGCCCCUUACUUCUGCUAUGAACAAGCUGCAUCCCAUUUUGCAGCAGUCCAUAAAGUGUUUGGUGCAAGCAAUGUCUCUAAGCUAUUAUUUCACUUACCAGUUCACAACCGAAGUGAUGCUGCAAUCACCAUUUCUUACGAGGCAUUGGCUCGAAUGCGAGAUCCUAUCUACGGCUGUGUCGCCCAGAUUUUCGCCCUCCAGCAACAGGUAGCUAGCUUACAAGAGGAAAUAGAACUUCUUGGAAAUCAUAUGGCGGCUAAUCAAACGGUUGGUGUUGCUAGUAGUGGAAGUUCACAAGCACCUAAUGAAUUAACAUGCAGUCAGUCAUACUUUUCUCCAUAUCCAGAUGCCAUGAACACACCUUACUAUCAGAAUCAACAGGCUGAAGCUGGACAGCUAAAUCAUGGAGGAAACAUAAAUGCGACUCAAGCUUUUGAUACCCAAAUGAACGUACAGAUUCCUUCCAUAAACGGAUGGGAAGAACAAAACAUUCUUCGUGAGUCUAGCCCUGAUUAUUUACAGAGAUUCCUGGAAGAAAUGGACCAACAGAAUUUUGCAUAUUAUCCAUGGUUGGACACAAGUGGCGAUGCCACAAAUUAA